CAGCACCAGAGUCGAAAUGUAAACAAGCUUCUGGAAUCUCCUGCAACAUCGCUUGCCUUGGCAAAAGAGGUAACGAUGGAGUUUGACGGCAGCUUAUGUGCGCGCAAUUGGGUCACGCAGUUUCAGAACAUCGGAAAGAUUUACAAUUUGGACGACGGAUGCAUGCACAUGCUGCUAAUUGCCAAACUAAAAGGAAACGCACAGCGCUGGCUGCACGCAAGCGCCACACGCAUCCUAGAAUCGACCGACCAGCUGUGCGAACAGUUAAUUUUGACAUUCGAGGUCAAGAUGUCAAAAGGGGAACUGAGGAACGCAUUUCAAAAACGCGAAUGGCAUCCGGAUGAGAAAUUUGCUGUUUACUUCGAGGACAAGGUGAUGCUGGCCAACGACAUCAACAUCGAUCUAGAGGAGCUCCUGGAAAGCAUCAUUGAAGGAAUCCCAGCACCAGCGUUGCGCAACCAGGCGCGCAUACAGUGUUUCUCCGAGCCGAUGCAAAUUCUGCGGGCUUUCUCGGAAGUCCGUCUGCCGAAGCACAAAACAGGGAGCAGUUCAUCAAAGCGCCUUACUGGAGGAGGUGCAGCCAAUAAGGACUUACGUUGUGCCAAUUGCAACUCCAAAGGGCACUUCGCCAGGGAGUGUCUCAAGCCAAAGAGGGAGCCCGGAUCCUGCUAUGCCUGUGGGGCAUUUGGACACUUCGUCGGACAAUGCCCGGAGCGCAAGAGCGCCAAUAUCAACAAUUAUAAUGCCUCAUAGACACAGGGAGUCCAAUAUCAUUUACAAAGUUAAGCAAUGUAUCCAAGGAAAUUAAUUUAGAAUCCGCUUCAGAAACCUAUUUCGGGCUGAAUAAAAGCCAACUGACAAUAUAUGGAAAAAUCUUAUGUUACAUUAUAAAAGAAAAAGUUAAAUGUUAUUUUUAUUUGUACGUGGUCCCAGACGAGUCUAUGAGUCAUAAUGUAGUUCUUGGACGAAAUUUCAUGGAAGCGUGCCAGUUAAAACUGGAUCCAGACGCCUUGGGAAGGAUAACGGUCAACCCAGUCGAUAGUAAAAGAUAUAGAAAAGCAAAUAGUAAAACAGUCAGUUCUAUUGUUAGUGAAACAGUUAGUGAAUUA